GUGCAGAGGCUGAGGAUGGUCUUGUACAGACUGAGGAUGGAGGUGAAGAAGAUGAGGAUGCUGGUGUAGAGGAAGAUGCUGGUGGUGUAGAGACUGGGCAUGUAGCUAUAGAGAAUGAGGAUGCUAAUGCAGAGACUGAGGGUGCUAAGGAAGAGAUUGAGGAUCCUGGUGGUUUUCAUGAAGAAGAGAAGAACACUGAGGAGGUAGAGAAGAACAAGGAAGAGGUAGUUUGUGACAUGCCUACGUUUAACAUAUUGAGUCAGUCUCAAAAUAAAGAGAUGGAGAAAAGUGCUCAAUCUGGUUGGGGGAUGGGGUCACAAGACAAUAGUGAGUUUAUCCAGAAGAUGUGCAGAUUUGCUGAAUCUAAAGAGGCAAAAAGGACUUUUGAGAGCUAUUUUUCCAAUCCAUGUAGAGCAAUCAUAGUGAAGCCUAAUCAGGUCACCAGUGAAGUACAACCCCAUCUGAGCAUUCAGCAAAGAGGAGGAAAAGAGAAAAGGGUAAGAAAAGAGCUGACAAUGAAUUUCUGCCUCCACUGAAGGAAGUAGUUGGACCUUUCACAGAAGAUCCAACAGAGAGCCCACCCGAUCAUGAAAUAGAGAGGGUGAGAGAAUACCUCAAAGUUGGAUUGUUGAAGAAGUUUCAAAAAAAAUCCCAGAAGUUACACAAUGGAUGAAGACAAAAUGAUUCACAAGCUGUUCUUGUUAGACAAUAUGAAAGUUGAAUAAAAAACAUGGUUGUAUGACAUGUUUAUGAAUCAUGAAUGGAUCACUGACAAGCAUGUUGAGGUAGUAAUGUAAUAUUUGGGCAUGAAAAGGGUGCAUUACAAAGUGGCACAGAAGUACACCACAACUGGGCCGUUUUUCUUGCAAAUAAUGAAGAGAGAGCUUGACAAUAUAUCAAAGGGGCACUGCAC